UUUGGUUACUUGCUUUCUAUUCAAAAACAAUAUGCUGAUGCAAUUACAUCAUUUCAUAAAGCUCUUGCAAUUGAUGGAAACCAUGUUCCAACUCUUAUUCAUUUGGCUAGAACUUAUAUUGAGACAGAUAAUAUCGAUAUUGCUGAAGGUCUUCUUGAGAGUGUCACUAAGGGCAGUGGUUGGGACUGUGCAGAAGCUUGGCUAUAUUUAGGCAAAAUAUGUCAAAAUACCAAUAGAGUUAAGAGAGCUAAAGAUUGUUUAUGGUAUGCUUUAGAUCUAGAAGAAUCAAGCCCUGUGAGGCCAUUUAGCAUAUUACCUGCAUGUUUAUGA